GUUCGUUGUCAUUGCGCCAAAGUACGUAAUGUGUGCUUCCCGCGCUUUUGCGUUAUUUAACAAUUAUGAAUUUAUGAUAUUUGUCUCCGAUCGGAUAACUGUCCCCUAUAGGGUGGGUAGGCAACUCAUAAUAUGUCUGUUCUAUAAAUAACGCGACUAAAACAAUGGCGGAUUAUCGUUGUAGAGGAAAUGUGCACGGAAUCAAUUUUUAAAUGACUUAGUAUUCGUAAGGAAGCCCAAUUUACAUUUAGGCCAGUGCUUUUCUAGGUUAUCUGGGUAAAGACUUUGAUGUUCGUGUGUUAUACCUAACGGAAGAAAUAUGAUAACGAUAGAAUCCUGCUGUGAAAGUUUUCUACAACCAAUGAAAUAUUGGACGUGAUCGCGCUCAAUUAUAAAUCUACAUACAAUUCAACAAUCAACUGUGUCAAUGUGUUCAAAGUCCUUUCGCGACAAACAGCUGAAUCUGACUUCACUGGAUUUUUCGACAUAUCCACUGAAAUGUCUUUGCCCGAUCAGUACGUUUUAUUAUUACAAAAUGUGGUCGAGGAAAACAGGCUCUUGAGAGCUCAAAUGGCUAAUACCAUUUCAAGCAAUGAAAGUGCUUUGAAAAAUAUUGAAACAAAAAUGGACAUCUUGUCCCAGACAACUUCACCUGGCAGACGAGUCAGACAGACCGGGCAGAACAAACAUAAAGUGCCCAAAGCUUGCAGUAAUAAUGUCCGAAGAAAACUCAAGGCUCUUAGGAGUGCUGAUGAAAAUAUGCACUUUAGAUUAACUGAAAGCCCCGAUUCUCAGCAAAAUUCACAGCUAUUUAAAAGAGUGGCAGAAGAACUGCAACAUGAAUUUGGUGGUCAGGAAAAUUGUCCUUGGCCAACGGUUGUUUUAAAAGAGGCGUUUAAGAGGUAUUUCAAGUCAUGCAAAGCAAAACAGAAAAGAGUUGCUCUUGGAACAGAACAGCAACACGUUCAAAUUUGCAGGAGAAGGAGCAGAAAGGAGGAGAAACUAGCGAAAAGAUUAAAAACGAUCGAGAAAAUGGGUUGGAACCAGACGAAAGUGGCAAAGGUGGCAGACGUCAUGAGAAUGGACUAUAUGUCCUCUGAAAAAAAGCGAGGUAGACGAGGAAACAAAUAGGAUUAAACACUACAAGGUUCGGAAGCUUUCUUGGGAA